AUGUCACUUCGACAGGGGGGUCCAGGACUACACAGUCUUUCACCUUCGCUGUUUGACUAUUUUGUAGCUGGCCCAUCUUUGUCCAGGCCAAUACCACUGGAUGUGGGAGACCACGACAUGAGAAAGAAAUUUGAAAAGGUAAAACUGGCAGACGUGCGUCUACAUGAGUCAAUGAUAACUUAUAAGUAGAAAUAAAAACGUUAGCGAGAGACUUAAAAAAAGGGGGGGAAAUGGCGCUGUAUCAACCUAACUGAAUUUUAAUUUCAGGAAUCGCAGGAAUUUUAAAAUAAAUUCUCUUCAAGCUUAUUCGUUUCAUGUCAAUUGAGGAGACUUAUCGGAGACGUAUUAUUAGGGCGUCUCAUCAAUCCAAGUCCCUUAAAACGGGAUGCCUGUUUUUGCCACUUUAUUUUUAGCACAAACCUUCCCGCAGCUAUCAGGCUUACAUGCUCUCUUCGUUUUGCAGAUAUCUGAAGCUGUCAAUAAGAACCAAUUUGAUCGAGCAGUAAGGGAGGAGUCGGAAUUUAUUAUCGAGUGUGGAAUUAGUAAAAUUAAUAGGGAGUUUAGUGAAAAGAGCGAACUAGAGGUUUUACUGUGUAAAAGUUUAGUCAAGGCCUUCAGUGGGUAG